ACUACCGUUGAAAUUCCAGUGCUAACCAACUUUAGCCAGCUUGCUAACAUGUAAGAACCACAUAUACAGACAGCGCUGCUCUGGACUUAAAUUAUAUUGUAUGUCCAAUAGAGGAAUAUUGGAAAUGAAUGUUUGAUACUGCGCAAGCCUCCGUUCCUGCCACCAUGUCCAGUUAGCCUGAACAUUCGGUGGAUAAACGAACCUGGCAACCAAGCCAGCCCGUUUCCAGACUGGGGUCUGCGUUUGAGGGAUUUGAACAGGUUUUCGUCACCCCAGAGAGAGGACAACAGCAUCAGCAGGGUGCUGUGGACUACCAUGAGUCCCGCAGGCUGUCCCCAUGUCAACGGCUUCAAAGUGGACAACUGGAAGCAGAACCUGAGGGUCAUUUAUCAGUGUUUCGUUUGGAGCGGUUCAGCCGAGACCAGAAAACGCAAGGCCAAGUCGUGUAUCUGCCACAUGUGCGGCGCCCACCUCAACAGACUCCACUCCUGCCUCUACUGCGUCUUCUUCGCCUGCUUUGCCAAAAAACACAUCCACGAACACGCCAAGAGUAAAAGGCAUAACCUAGCUAUUGACCUGCUGUAUGGAGGGAUUUACUGUUUUAUGUGCCAAGACUACAUUUAUGACAAAGACAUGGAACAGAUUGCCAAAGAGGAACAGAGGAAAGCCUGGAAAAUGCAAGGCAUAGGGGAGAAGUACUCAACGUGGGAGCCCACCAAGAGGGAGCUGGAGCUGCUCCGCCACAACCCCAAGAGGAGGAGAAUCACCUCCAACUGUACUAUUGGCCUGCGAGGUCUGAUAAACCUGGGCAACACGUGCUUCAUGAACUGCAUCGUGCAGGCGCUGACGCACACGCCGCUGUUGCGCGACUUCUUCCUGUCCGACCGACACAAAUGCGAGAUGCAGAGCAACUCCUGUUUGGUGUGUGAGAUGUCUCAACUCUUCCAAGAGUUCUACUCAGGCCAUCGGUCGCCGCACAUCCCCUUCCGUCUCCUCCACCUGGUGUGGACCCACGCCCGUCACCUGGCCGGCUACGAGCAGCAGGACGCCCACGAGUUCCUUAUCGCAGCGCUGGACGUCCUGCACAGACACUGCAAAGACGACAACGGGAAGAAAGCCAACAACCCCAACCACUGUAACUGCAUCAUCGACCAAAUCUUCACAGGGGGCCUGCAGUCUGACGUCACCUGUCAAGUCUGCCAUGGCGUCUCGACAACCAUAGACCCGUUCUGGGACAUCAGCCUGGACCUGCCGGGCUCCUCCACUCCGUUCUGGCCCCUCAGCCCCGGAGGAGAUGGAUCAGCACUUAACGGAGAGAGUCACACCACUGGAGCCACAACACUCACGGACUGUCUGCGCAGGUUCACCAGGCCAGAGCACCUCGGCAGCAGCGCCAAGAUCAAGUGCAGCGGUUGCCAUAGUUACCAGGAGUCCACCAAGCAGCUGACCAUGAAGAAGCUGCCCAUCGUGGCCUGCUUUCACCUCAAGAGGUUCGAGCAUUCAGCCAAACUGCGGCGGAAGAUCACAACUUAUGUCUCCUUCCCGUUGGAGCUGGACAUGACGCCCUUCAUGGCCUCCAGUAAAGAAAGCAGGAUGAAUGGACAGUACCAGCAGACCGUGGACCCCUUCAACAAUGACAACAAGUAUAGUCUUUUUGCAGUGGUGAACCACCAGGGGACACUAGAGAGCGGCCACUACACCACCUUCAUCCGGCAGCACAAGGACCAGUGGUUCAAAUGUGACGACGCCAUCAUCACCAAGGCCAGCAUCAAGGACGUCCUGGACAGUGAAGGGUACCUUUUGUUUUACCACAAACAAUUCCUGGAGUACGAGUAGCUCCCUCCAUCGGCGCAGCCUGCGCAGGAGACGAGGCAUGACGCAAGGAUUAGUUGCAUGGAAAAAGGUAACGGGAGUGAUGAGAAGGGCAUGGAAACAGAAACACAAACCUACCUGAAUCACUCUAAAAGUCGCAACUCUCACUCUUAACAUGGAACCACCCUUACUACAUACUAAUCUAGUUCCACCGUACGACAUUCAAGAAAGAACUGUGUGCUGUGCAGGAUGGUGCAAAAGUGCAAGAACCAAACAAAAUGCAAGAAAUUUGGAUGACGGGAUAUUUCAUUUUUCACUUGAAUUCAGGGGAUGAAGAAGAACGAAAGCAGCUGUGAUUAUCUGCUGUAUGAAAGACUGCAGAAUCCGUCUGUACUUGAUUUCAGACAGUAGAGGUAUAGCGCCGUAUCCCUACUUUUUUUCUCUUUUUCAGAUAGACAGAAGGGCGGAAGGUUAUUUUAAACCUUAAUUUAUCUGUGGGACGGUUUACUUGAUCACAAAUGCUGUUCUUCACCAUGUUUCAUGCUCGCACAGCUGCAUUGAGUUGCGGAGUCGCGGCCUUCCACAACAGUUCGAGGCUCUGCUUUAGCGAAUCAUUUUCUUCAUUCGCUUUACUUAAAUCGGCAACUUCCUGGACACAAGCACACUUGUCUAACACACACACACUCUCUCUUCUCCAAAAUGACCAAAUAUUUCAAGGAUGGAAGUUGUCUUAUUAUGCAUUUUUGUUCCGAAUGCAAAAAAGUGGAGAAAAACAAAAUUAUGAAUAUUGUGUAUAGAGACAGUUAAUUCCAUUCAUUACUCGUCAGUUUGUAGUUGUCAGUCAGAUACUUUUUGUCUUUAACAAGGAAAGGAUCUGUUAUUUUCUGCCUCUCAUGCUGCUUCCAACAGUCACAGGGGGAAAUAAAUUACACAGUGAAUAUUAUAUUUUUAUACAUACUGUAAUUAAAUCGUUUGUUUACGGUUCUGCAUUCUCCCUAAACUCUCACGUUGUUCGUCUGUCUUACAUUGUGCCGUCAAUCAUGUUUUUUUUGUGCACAAAAAAAGUGCUGAUAAUGUUCAUGAAACUGCUGCUAUCGCAGCUUCAUUUUAUUUAAUUUUACUUGUUUAAUUUGACCACAAUUAGACACUUUUUGGGUUACAGAGGCAUAUUCUCCAUGUUCAAGUUACAUUGCUGUUUCAGGUAAAUGGCAAAAAAAAAGAAAUGAAACAAAGGAGUAUGUAUAACGGGGUCGGAAGCUUGAUCCUGCAGUGUUAACCGUCAGCCGCAUGUUGCUCUAAUUCGGUGUGUUUGUGUGUGUGUGUGUGUGUGUGUGUGUGCACGUGUAUGUGCGCACGUGUAUGUGCCCGAGAAAGGGUAUGAAAAAAGAAGCUCAGUAUAGGUGUGUGUAUAAAAUGUGUUAUUGCGCGUAAAGAGAGAAGAGAUAAAAGUGUGCGUGUUCCUGUUUGUAUGCACACGUGUGUCGUGCGUAUGUACCGUAUGUUCGUGUACUGAAUCAGUACUUGCAUUCAGCAUGCCGUCUGAGCUGGGUAUCGCAGUUUGAUGGGAUUUUUUUUCCACAUGUUGAUGAUGUAUGUAAAAGUAUAUAUGUACAGUUUGUAUGUAAGAGACAAAAUGGUGAAACCUCAAAUUUUUGUUCUUCUAUAUUGCUGGAUCCGGCCACGGGGAGGUCGUAAUCGGAAGAAACUUUUGUCUCGACCCGGUCAGUCAUUCCUCGCACACACAUGUAACUGCUGCAAGAACUGGACACAGUGAUGGAAAGACACUCAAAUAAAGAAUAUCUAUAUCUGUAAA